UUGAUGUGGACUGGUCCAUCUCUCAUAAAGACUUGGAGGCACAGAUCUCCAACUAUGCGGGCGUGAGGCACAGCAGCAUGCGGUACUACAGAGCUGACAAAAGUGUUACUUGUAGGAACUGCCACAGAACGGGACAUUUGUCCAAGAACUGUCCCACUCCAAAGAAAGCUCCCCCGUGCUGUCUGUGUGCAGGAAGAGACCAUCUGCAGCACAGCUGCCCAGCGCGUUUCUGCCUGAACUGCUGCCUGCCCGGGCACUAUUUCAGGGAAUGCCUGGAGAGAGCCUAUUGGAACAAGCACUGCAACCGCUGCGACAUGAAGGGCCACUAUGCUGAUGCUUGCCCAGAAAUAUGGAGGCAGUAUCACCUAACAACGAAGCCGGGGCCCAUCAAGGCGGCGGGCGCGCCCGCGGAGCGCGCGGUGUCCGUCUACUGCUACAACUGCUCUCGCCAGGGACACCUCGGAUACGAGUGCUCAGAGAAGAGGAUGCAGGGCAACAUGUUCCCCACUUCUCCCUUCGUCUACUACUACGACGACGAGUGCGACAUCAGGAGGAGAGCCAACAGGUUAAAGAGAAAGGUGGCAGACCUGCAGGAAGCUGGCCUUCUGCCAGAACAGUCCGAAACACCAUUGCAGGAAGAACACCUUGAGGUGCCCAGCCAGAAGAAAAAGAGCAAACUUUGGAAAGACCAGGGGAAGCAAAGCAGGCACAGCGAGCAGCAGAAGAAGCUGAAGGUGAGCCGGGCAAAGAAAGGCCCGGAGGGGAAGCACAGGAAGGAUGCUGGAACCCACGGGGAGCCCGAGGAGUUCCCCCGGGGGAGCAGGCAGCAGGGCUGCAAGGGCAGCAGGGCCCGCCGCAAGGGCCUGUGUGUGCAGCAGCCCCCAGAGGCUGCCAGAAGGAAGAUGAAAUGGAAAAAGCAGAAAAUUGCCAGUCCUGACAGCAGGGACAAUCUAUUCCUUAUAAAGCAGCGGAAGAAGAAGUCCAAACAGAAAUCCUGGUGAUGGCAGGUAGCACUGGCAUUCCCUGCUCUGGCUCUGCCUUGUCUUUACUCCUGCCCCUGGCUUAGCACACGAAUUGGAGUCUGUCCUGACCCAGCAUGCUGGGCACAUCACCCCCUGUCCAUCUGCACAGCCACAGGGGACCACUGUAUGUUUAUUUCCUUUGCUUGGGGGUGUGGGGGCACGCUGGGCUUGCAGGCUCUGUUUGUUCAGCACUGAGAUGUGGCUGUGCUGUUGGAGCACAGCACCUUUGGGGCCAGUGCCAGGGAGACGUGGGUCAGGGGUGCUCGGGGUGGAAAGCAGGAACGUGGGUACAAAGCACAUCCCCUCAGCCACCAGUCCCCUCCUGGGAGCAGGAGGGCACUGGGCACUUCCCUCCCCCUGGAAGGGACAGCCAAGUCCCUGCUUUGUGCUUUGGGAUGCAGCAGUCCCCCACCUCACUCUCCAGAGCAGUGCCAUCCAAUCCUUGCCCUCAGGGCUCAACUUUUGGGGAUACAUUCUGUCCUAACCAGCUGCUCAGCAGAGCAGGAAUGAGCAGCUGGGCCUGGAACAGAGUUUACAUCUCACACUAAAUCUGUCCUUGUUCCUUGUAAUGUGUUGGAGGAAAAAGGAGUGGAGUAUGAAGAACACACUUGGUUCCAGUCACACUGUGCUAAAAUUUAAUUUUUUUUAAAGACAGUUAUUUUUGUACACUGGAAUUCAGCAUGUUGUUUUAAGGUUUGUAAGAGUAAAAUGCUUUAUCAAAGGACUAACACAAAUAAAACUUUACGUGAGAAAUAUGAA